GAUUUUUCAGGGUUGGAUUGUGGCGAAAGGUACAAUUUUUAUACAGUCUUAGUUGACUACAAUCGCGUCAUGUUACCAACAUUAUCGGGUGUACCAGGAUCAGAUUACAUGAAUGGAAAUUAUAUCAAGGUAAGACCAAAACUCCCUUGUAGCUCUGAAGACUGUUGAGCUUUCCAAAAUUAUUUCUUGUCAUGUGAUGUACACCACGCAACACUCAGUGGCUUCAAAAUUAAUGUAAUCCUCAUGGCAAUACAGGGUGCAAAGAAAGUCAGUUAUACAGCCUGUCAUUUGGGCAAGCUGUAGCUAGCAUGUUCUCGCCCACAAGUCAUUUCAACUAGCCCAAAACACUUUUUGAUUAGCAGGAUUGAUUACAAUCUGUCUGUAAUUUAAAGUUCCCCCCAAAACAGCACUUGCCCGUUGGGCAAAUUAAGAACAAAAAUCACUAGGCCGAUAGCAAAAUCCACUAGCCCCGGGCUAUCGCACACAACUUUCUUUGCGCGCUGCAAUAACUCAUUUUUGUCCUUUUCGGCAAUGUACUUGUGUUUUUGAAUGUAACACAGUCCUGUAAGUGUAGGUGUCAAUAUGUUUGAAGACUCAGCUGAUAGCUAACUGAUGAUGACCAAUUUUUCAGGGUGCGGAUGGAAACACUGCAUACAUAGCCUUACAGGGACCUCUGCCAAGAACUGUAGAUGAUUUUUGGAGGUUGAUUGCUUCUCAUAGAUGCCAGGUGGAUAAUGUGUAUAACUUUUUAUAUUACUGUCAUCUUAGUGGUUAUUGAAUUGUUUUUAUUGGUCCACAUUAGUAUUUAAAGAAAUAUCUCUUUAACUAUAAGCAAUGCAAGGAGGUUUGUACUGUAUGUUAUGGACUGAGUUUUUACUCAAUGUUAUCGCGGCUGUCCAAGGUUGAAGCACACAGGCCAAAAAAUCAACAGGAUAAAAGGAAGAUCUGUAACUUGCAGCACAGACUGAGAAAAUGAGGUUGGCUACAUUGUAGGUAUAGUUAACUGGGCAUACAGAAAAGGAAACUUUCAAAAUAUUUAGGGCACUGUACUCUAGUGGAGUAAGGCCUGUUUCAAACAUUGUGCUAGCUGCCGUUCUAAGCUGGCUUGACUUCAGCACAACUGCAGAAGCACAACUUGGUUUCAAACGUGGAAUUUAACUUAGUCAAAUAAAAUAACUGGUGUGGAAACAAAGCUUUUUAGUGAACUUCUAAAAUGUAUUCUAAUAUAUGUAUUAUUCAUGAAUUGAGUGCAGCGAGGCAGUGGCACGAUGGUUGAAACCAAGACGUGCUACAGCUGUGUAGCACAGCAAAACUUGCCAUGUUUCAUGGCAGUGGCACCACUUGGCCUGAAACAUUGAGCUACUGCUGUGAUAGUUAAAGCUGUUCCUUUAAGUUAGGCAUGGCAGUACAGUUGUAGCAUUUGAAACAUGCCUUGAGGACCUGCAAAAUUGACCAUAAUCACAGCACAUGUAACUGACAAAGUGGUAUUAAUAAAUGAUUUUAUUAAGCUUUUGCCUUUUAUCUGAAUUUUCUUAUCUUACUGCUAGAUCGUGAUUAUGGUAUGCAGAGAAAUUGAGAUGGGAAAACUGAAAUGUAAAAGAUAUUGGCCUAUGAGUAAGGAUGAGAAAAUGAGCUUCGCUGGUAUGCAAAUCUCACUGGUAAGUAAUAUAUCACAUUAUUAUUUUAACAGUUUGCCUGUUGCACCUUGUUCAAAUGAUAAUAUACACUGUAGCAAUGUUUGUUUGAUGGUCCAUCCAUUUAUAAGACCCUGUCCCUACUUGCAGAUCUCUGAAGAAGACAUUGCUGAAGGCUUUGUUAUAAGAACUAUGCAGAUGAAAUCUGUGAAGGUACACGGGUAUAUUUCUUAUGUUUUAUUCUCUUAAGGACAAUCAGCCAGCAUGAUAGUACAAUGUUUUUUUAAAGCCCAUGGCUGUUGGUCUGGCCAGUGUUUGAAGCAGCAUCCUCCUGCUCGGCAGACCAGCACUGUUCCCACUGUGCUAACCUAAACCGGGUGACCAAAAUUAGUUGUCUCAGUUAAUGUGUACAUUGUACUAUACUAUUAGUUUGAUGAUCACCUCUGUUACAACUGACCUCCAAAUCUUAUUAUCUUGGAGUUUUGGAUGGUAAAUCAGGUGAGGUAAUUAACUUGUAUUUAAUAAAAACAAGGGUAAUUUUCCACUGGCUGAGUGUAACGAAUUAAGUGAGAAAUGUUUUUCUCACACAUUGCUGGGGGCCUGGGUAUAGGUCAUGUGACUGAAGGGCAGGCAGUUGCUUUUGUUGCGUCCGUCUUUACUGACCUUCCCACCCACCCACCCUAAGAUUUCAGUUUUGUAUGCUGUUAAAUGUACGGUGCAACUUUGUAGUGUUUGUUAGUGUCCUACCUUUCUAAGGUUAUGAUAUGUGAGCAUUUUUGAGUUUAAAAUAAAGGUCAGGCUGCGGCGGUCGGCUUGGCAUGGCUACCAGUGGUGUGUGAGAAAAAAAAAUUAAUAUAAGGGGUUUGUUAUGAUAGAAAUUUUGCAAUCAUAUUACAUGUACUAUUAAUACAAGACUCGAUCAUUCAUUCAUACCUUGAUGUAGGACCAAAUGACGUGUUCAUGCAUCAUUGACAUUCAUAACAAUUGAUCAAAUUUGUUAUUGAACUAUUAUAAUUCUUUAUUAUUUUUUUUAGGAUGAAAUGACAGUGACCCAAUUACAGUACACAGCAUGGCCUGAUCAUGACGUCCCAAAGUCAGCAACUCCUCUCAUUGAAAUUAGUAGAACUCUUAAAAGUCUCCAAGGCAACAGAAAACAACAAGUUUUAAUUCACUGCAGGUCAGUUACGUCAGUGCUACUUAACAAUAAUAUUAAAGUUACAUGUACCUCUAUUUUUUUGGACUGAGAGGUCAUGUUCCUCAUACUUUAUAAUCAGUCAUGCAAAAAAAUCUCAUAAACAGUCCUCCUAAAUUGCAGCUGAACUUUUUGAAACUGAAGUUUCAUGUUAGAUUUCUUGGAGAAGAUCCACUCAUUGCAUUAGCCUAUGUACAUAAUUAUGUUCUUUCUGCCUGGGACUAUAUCCUUCCCAACUUCUUUUCACAAUGUUUCUGCAUAGAGGCAAUCCAUUGCUUUGGAUUGUUUUCUUUUAUGUACUUGCCUUUAAAGUCUCACUGAUGAAAAGAGUCUGCUAUUCAAAAUACUUUAAAAUUUGACUUUCAGUGCUGGAUGUGGUAGAACAGGAACAAUCUGUGCUGUAGAUUAUGCUUGGGAUCUGCUUAAGAUGCAAGUAAGUGCAAGUUAAGAAAAUAAAAACUAACAUGUUACUUUUAUGUGUCUUACCAACAUCUCAUUCUGUUCUGUUCCUCUCCAUCCAUCCUCAUUCAUCUCAUCUGUUCAUGCAUGCAUUCCAUCACCUAAAUAAAUUCAUUAACAAAUUAAUCAAUUAAUCAAUUUAUACAUUCGUUUCUUGGUUAACUUGUUUUGUCCAUUUUUUAAAAUACUUUUUCUCUUCUUUAAUUUUUUUUUCUAUUCCAAGGAUUAAAAUUCUAAUUCCUGUUAUUUGUGUUGCAGAAAACAAACAAUUUUAGCGUGUAUGAUAUUGUAACAAGCCUAAGAAAGCAAAGGAUGGCUAUGGUCCAAACCAAGGUACCUAACAAAACAGAAAUAAUUUGCAGUGUUUUUAAGUAAACAAAAAAUAAAUGAAAAAUCUGCUGCAGAGGGUUUGAACUUCAUAGAACUUGGUCUUUACAUUUCCUUAGGCUAGUGUGGCAAUGACUUUACAGCAACACUGUCAAGCUUAAAAAAUGUAACGUAAUGUUGCUUCGCGCAGCAUGCAAAGAAAGUCGUAUCCGUUGGCCCGGGCCUAAUGGAUUUUGCUAUCAGGCUAGUGAUUUUUGUUCUUAACUUGCCCAACAGGCAAGUGCUGCUUUUUGGGGAAAUUCAAAUUACACAAGGAUUGUAAUCAAUCCUGCUAAUCAAAAAGGGUUUGGGGGCUAGUUGAAAUGACUUGUGGGCUAGUACAUGCUAGUUACAUCUUGCCGGAAUGGCAGGCUGUAAAACUGACUUUCUUUGCACCCUGCUUCAUGUAACCUUCCAUAGCCAGAUGCACUUUUUAAAGGUCAGAACACGAUAGGUGACAUGUUGCUGCAACAUGUCAUCGUGACAAAUCCACUUCUUGUAUGCAGGUCAGGUGACAAGUUGUGCUUUACAUUGCAUCGAAAAAUUGCUUCCUGGUUACUGGAGAAUUGUUGUGAAAAUCUUGGUCUGUGCAACAGAAUUUUGUCCUGUCACAAAAUUCUGUUGUGGAGACAAACAUUUUCACAGAAUUUCGAGAAAACGUUCUGUUUUUGUGAGUGAUUCUAUUUAAAAGACAGUAUAUUUACAGCAGUUAAAAGGGAUGCAAAGUUCUAAACAAGCUAUGUGAAAGGGGUACCAUUUGUCAAUAGAAGGUAUACAAAAGGGGUACCUUUUUUGUGAAAAACGGCGUAUGUUAAAAAGGGUAAGGGGUUGGACCUCGGGGCGGAGCCUCCCCGUAUAAACAUUAAUUGAGUCUCCCCGCCCCCCGGGAUUAUUGACAGCAACUUUUUGAGGAUCCAGCAAGUAUUGGUAGAUUUGAAUCGCAAUACUAAAUCUUCUGUUGGAUUUUAAGGUUAGCUGUACUAAAUCUUGAUAACACUUGCCCUUGAAGAUAAUCAUAUUAACGUGUUUCCAAACAGGAGCAGUAUGAAUUAGUCUACAAAGCUGUAGUCCAACUUGUUCAAGAGCAAAUAGAAGAGGAGAAAUUCACGUUCCACACAUACGUUAAUGUAGAGCUGCCCAAGUCUCCAAAGUCACAGACCUUAUCUGGGGAAUCAAACUAUGAGAACUGUGAGUUUAUUAGAAGCGUUAAUCGGUGGAAACAGAGUGACAUGCAAAAUGGAUCAGUGCCUAGGAAAAAGUUGCCUCUACCGGUGGAAGCUCCAGCAGGUACUAAAUUUGAUCCUAAACCAUCAUUGUCAAAAAAACCUGCGAUAACACCACCAUCUCCU